GAGAGAAGAGCCAGAAGGAGAACAGCUACUUCAAGGGACUAGUUGUUCCUUUCUGCACUUGGAGAAAACUGAAGCUUUUUUAUGUUGGGGAGAUAUUGCAGCUGGAGAAAACAAAUGGCGUUACAAAUAAACCACAGUUCUGCAAGCAGCCAAGUGGCCCAUCCUCAGGAGCCUCAUCACCCCACAGAGAAGCCUGUAAUUCACUGCCACAAAUGUGGGGAGCAAUGUAAAGGAGAAGUGCUUCGAGUCCAGGCCAAACAUUUUCACAUCAAAUGCUUUACCUGCAAAGUGUGUGGGUGUGAUUUGGCUCAAGGAGGCUUUUUCAUUAAGAAUGGUGAUUACCUUUGCACUGUGGAUUACCAGCGGAUGUAUGGGACCCGAUGCAAUGGCUGUGGGGAGUUUGUGGAAGGAGAAGUUGUAACAGCUCUGGGAAAAACAUAUCAUCCCAACUGCUUUGCCUGCACUAUGUGCAAACGUCCUUUUCCUCCAGGAGACCGGGUUACCUUUAAUGGAAGAGACUGUCUCUGUCAAAUGUGUGCUCAACCAAUGGUAUCCAGUCCAAAAGAACUCUCCACUUCCAGCAAUUGUGCAGGCUGUGGAAGAGAUAUAAAAAACGGGCAAGCCUUGCUUGCUUUGGACAAGCAGUGGCAUCUUGGGUGCUUCAAGUGCAAGGCCUGUGCGAAGGUUCUAACUGGAGAAUAUAUCAGCAAAGAUGGUGCCCCUUACUGUGAAAAGGACUAUCAAGUUCUCUUUGGGGUCAAAUGUGAAGCAUGCCACCAAUUCAUCACUGGGAAAGUCCUAGAAGCAGGAGACAAACAUUACCAUCCAAGUUGUGCACGAUGCAGCAGAUGCAACCAAAUGUUCACAGAAGGAGAAGAAAUGUAUCUGCAAGGCUCUACAGUUUGGCAUCCCGACUGUAAACUGUCUACAAAGGGAGAUGAAAAGCUAAGGCCUACCCGGACAUCCUCAGAGAGUAUUUAUUCUAGACCUGGAUCCAGUAUUCCUGGCUCACCAGGACAUACAAUCUAUGCAAAAGUAGACAAUGAGAUCCUUGAUUACAAGGAUUUAGCAGCUAUUCCCAAAGUCAAGGCCAUCUAUGACAUUGAGCGCCCAGAUCUAAUUACUUACGAACCUUUCUACACUUCUGCCUACGAAGAGAGACAAGAAAGGCAGAGCCUUGGAGAGAGUUCAAGAUACGGCAGUUCUCCUGUGCAUGAUGAAAGUUCACCAAGGACACUCUCUCCAACUCCGUCUGCAGAGGGUUAUCAGGAUUUUCGAGAUCGAAUGAUACACCGGUCAACCAGUCAGGGUUCCAUUGGUUCCCCUGUAUACAGUCGUCAUAGCUACACUCCCACCAUGUCACGUUCGCCACAGCAUUUCCACAGACCUGGCAAUGAGCCGUCCAGCGGUCGGAAUUCCCCGGCCCCUUAUCGGCCCGACAGUCGCCCUCUAACACCAACUUACGCUCAGGCCCCUAAACAUUUCCAUGUUCCAGAUCAAGGGAUCAAUAUUUAUAGAAAACCACCUAUCUACAAACAGCAUGAUGCAGCUGCUCUGGCAGCCCAGAACAAGCCUUUCGAUGAUAUCAUCAAGUCCUCCAAGUUCCCAGCAGCCCAUGCUCCAGCACCCAACGAGAUUCCAAAGAUUGAGACAGAAUACUGGCCAGGUCCUCCCUCACUUGCGGCUGUAGGUUCUGAUAUGCGACGCCGAUCCACUGGCAGAGACGAAGACCUUGAAGAACUUCAGAGGCGCCGGCAGCUGCAGGAGGAACAGUUAAUGAAGCUAAAUUCAGGCCUGGGGCAAUUGAUACUAAAAGAAGAGAUGGAAAAGGAAAAGUCGUUGCUUGCCAGCAGAUGUUACGAUUCUCCAGUUAAUUCAUCUUUACACGCAGCUGCUUCUAAAACUUCUUCACUGCCUGGGUAUGGACGAAAUGGACUUCACAGGCCGAUGUCCACAGACUUUGGUCAGUACAACAGUUAUGGGGAUGUGAGCAGUACAAUUCGAGAUUACCAGUUUCACCCAGAUGGUCAUGUCCCUGCAAUGCGAAUGGACCGAGGAGUUUCUAUGCCUAACAUGUUGGAACCAAAGAUAUUUCCUUAUGAAGUACUCAUGGUGACCAACAGAGGGCGAAAUAAAAUUCUAAGAGAAGUGGAUAGAACCAGGUUGGAGCGUCAUUUAGCACCUGAGGUUUUUCAAGAAAUAUUUGGCAUGACGAUACAGGAAUUUGAUAAGUUACCUCUCUGGAGACGCAACAAUAUGAAGAAGAAAGCCAAACUCUUCUGAAUUCUUCUUUCUCGGGAGAGGGAAGAUAUCAUGUAAUAGGAUAAUGUAUUAUAAUCGAGUCCAAACCCUUUUUGGAGAGCAAAUGCUCAAGAAGUUGGGGAGCAGAGAAGGGACAAUCUGAGAAAGGCACAUACUAAUGCCUUGAGAUUAUGCAGUAGCCUGUCAAGCUUGCCAUAGGCAGAGACAUGAAAGGCUCUUUGUUCAAAUCUCAGUCAUGGUUUUCACUCAUGAAGUUUUUAUAUGGCAUAUAUAUUCAGUCUUAUGCCUUCCUCAUUUUCCCUUGACUUUUAUUCAAAGGUCGAGGACGCUAAUUGAGAAGACCCAGGAAGUGCCCGUAGGAUGCACAGCUCACAAUUUUGUGGCCAUGGACUUUCCAAGCAAUGAAUGAAUAUAUUCUAUAGUUAAGGAAGGAGUCUUGUGUAAUAUAUUUAUCCUCUGGGCACAGCUAUUACAGUUAAUUGGCCUUAUUGUCAAACAGCUUAUUCUUUCUGCAGUACCCAUCAAUAAAAUAGGCUGCUGAACAGAGGUAUUCUACUGUGCUGCAUACUGGCCAAUUUUUUUUAGAACAAGCUCCCAGCUUGCACAUGCACAUAUCUAGUAGUAAAUUGCCAUGUUUUGUUGUCUUUUCCUGCAUUAACUGAAUAUAGUUUUUUGCUUUAAACCACUCGGUUAAAAAUUAACAAGAAGAGCAAGCACGUAAACCAAAUAUCAGUUUCUUGGUUUAAUUAUGAAGGAGUUAUUUCAACUGUCAUGUUAAAUGUAAGCCAUAGUGUCAUGCAAUCUUAGGUUUAAUUUAGAUGUGACCUUUGCUGUGUGAAAAUCACUGUGACAUAGUGUGGUCAUGCAUUGCUUGAUUGUGCUUGAAAAGAAGCACUGUGUGGGCCAAUAUAUUGAUGUUGUUCCUUUUCAUGUUAAAGUAAACAAUAUUAAUCACAUUGGUCCACACAAAAAAAAGGUCUGUACUAGGGCAAUAUCUUAUUGUGAUCAACCAAAAGGCACACAGUCAUGUUUAAGCUCUGAGGCUUUCCAGUUUUCCUUUCAUAAAGUUGUAGGAUCUGAUACAGGAUCAUCUUUCAUAGGAUUUAGUAUAGAUGUCCUAGAAAGUCCUUACUAUCCUUACUGUGGAACUGAAGAUUGAAAAGUGUUUUGUGAGAACAACUAAUGCCAAGCAAAUCAAAAGAUUGGACACUUUCAAAGUUCUCUACAUAGCCUAUUCCAGGAUUGGAACAGCAUUUUUCAUACACUAAUACCAUCCCGCUGCAAAGGUUACAUUUGAAUUUUUUAACAUGUCUACUGGAAUUGUGAAUUCUGAAAUUUUAUUAUUAUAUUUUAACUAUUAUACAGAGUGAUUUUGCUGCUACACAGUGACCGUUCAAGCUAUUUUCUUGUAUGCACUGAUAAUAUUGCACAAUAUGUCAUGUUAAACAAUGUUUAAUUUGAUUUUCUUCAUGUAAUCACUCAUUAUUCAUAUAAGAAGACUUGAAUUUUGUGUUAUUUUACUAUACACAGUUUUUCUUUUUAUUUACUAUCAGUGCCUGGAAAAAAUACUUUUAUCUUGGGCAAUUUCUCAAUCAAAUGAACCGCUCAACUACAUGUAGCUCUUUUUUUUUAGAGGAGAUUGUGUGACCUGGCUUCUUGUCUACCUAAGUUGCUUGGUAGAUUGUGUAUUUUCCAUAAAGGACACAUAAAAUUUACUUUGAUAGAAUCAGAAGCCAUUUUUGGCUGACAAUAGGGUGCAGUGAUACAUUAAUUUUUUACCUGAGUGAUGACUGCCACUAUAUAAAUUUUUACUUUUUCUCUUUUAAUGUGCAUUUCUGCUUACAGUGUAAUCCUAUAUGUGUACAUACAAUAGUUUAUACUAAUCUAGAAGUAAAAAUUCACUAAAUUAAAUGAAGCUUGCCAUCUAGUAAGUCUGUGUAGCAUAGAUGAGGAACCUGUUGGCCUCCAGAUGUUGCAAGACCCCAACUCCUGCUUUCCAUACCAUUAUUAAUUGGGGGGGCAACACUUGGUAAUGUUAUUCAGCAACAUCUGUAAGGCUACAGAUCCCUUGUCUCUUCCCCUGUUUAGAUAGCAAUUCUUAUCGUAAGGUUUAUGUAGGGAGGACUUGUAAUAUGUUUUGCUCUUACAUUUAAGAGCUAAGCAUAAGUGGAUUCCAGUGACAUAUCUGAAUUCACAGCAGAUCUGGUUUGCGAAAAUCCGGAGGAUCAGUAUGUGGAAGCAAAGAGAGAUGAGUUUUAUUUGCGGCCAUUUAGUGAUUUUUGCAGCCUGAUACAAAACGAUAAAGAGGAUUUUCAGCAUAUCAGUACAGAUGGUUUAGAAUAUUGUGUGGCAGAAUUCAUGUAAAAUGUUAACGACAUCAAAUGCUGAAUAUCCUGUCAUUAUAAUUAGGUGUGAUGGGAUGUUCACUGGCAACUCAGAGCUUUCCCAGGAGACACCCAAAUCAAGAGAGUGUGCAAUCCCGAGCUGGGUGGAGAAGAGGGGGAAGAGAUUCAGGGUAGCCACACCCCAAAAUCUCUCAGGAUAUAUCUGGUACCUUAGAAAGUUACCAGUUUGGCAAGAUUCUGUCAAUUAGAUGUAAGCAAAUAAAGGAUUGGAUAUGAUUGGAUGUCACUGUCCCAUCACUGGGCUUGGGCUUGACAGUAGGAGAAGGAGUGGCACGACCAUACUAAUGGCAUUGUUUGUGGGAAUUUAUCACCUGGCCAAGAAUAAUAUUUCUUUAGCCUGCUUCAUAGGUUCCUGCAAACUGAUGUCCUCCAAUAUCCUAUCCUGGAAUUAGGGGUUCCUGGCUUAAUAUUCAAGAAAUUAAAAUCCAAAAUAGUUGAAGGGCACUGUUGGGGAAUACUGAGAGAAGGAUACCCGAUAAUCACAAGAUUAAAUAUACUAGGACAGGAGGGAAGGGGCAGUCAUGCCACAUGACAGUGUUCAUCUUUCUAAUUCUAUUAUCUCAGGCAAUAUUAUUAAUUAAAACAAAUUGUAGCAGGAGUCAGAAGGCUCAAGGAAACCUUAAAAGUGACAAUGUGUAGUUGUGUUUUGUUUCUGUAAUUUUCUGUAAUAAUGUAUUCGGCUGGCCUAUUAAACUAGCUAUAAUUUAGCCAACAGGAGAAUUUGAUGAGUGAUUUACAAAGGAAUGUGCUAUUUAUCAGAGAAAUAUACCCUUUGCCCCCAAAGCAAAUUCUGGACGGGUAGCCAAUCAGUUGAAGAGGGCCAUCUGAGCUGCCUCUUUCCUGGGCAUGCUAUUGCUUCAAUGGCACAUCAAUGGCUUCUCUGAUUAGGCAUCCUUUCUACUUUUUGUCCUUGGUUCAGUGCUUUUAUACAAUGAGCUCUGGACAGACAUUUGUAUCUGGAGCACAAAAAGGAUUAAAGCAGCGUCUCCUGACUGCAGUUCAUUAAAUUAGCCAACAUCCAUCCAUAACUGUGCUUCCUCUUUUUUUUUUCAUUCAGGAUGUUUAUAUCUUGAAAAUUAGAAUAGUUGCUUCCCAUCCCCUCACGGAAUGAAAUGUCCACUGCCUUUUAUUCUUCAGUUGAAUUUCCUAAGCUGAGAAGUAAAAAGUGUAACCUACAACACGGCUGCUAUUUGAAAUCAUUCCCUGUAUGCUUCAAAUUGACUGGGAAGCCAAUCAUUUAUUGGUUCCAACUGCAAAGCCCAGUGUUCCCUCCCCAUUCUUGAUUAGCCAAUCAAUUUUGACUCAACAAAACCUGAAUUCUAUAUUCUCAGUUUCCACACAUAUUAUUCCAAGAGCAAUGAUAGUUUUACUUUUUAGAAAGUAAGAUAUUUCUUGUAAAUAGACAUUCUCCUUUAAGAUAAAUGGCUAGUUAAGACAUCAUUCCAAUGUUUUGCAAACUCUCUUAUAUCCUGAAACAAAAAUGGGGUGGGGGGGUUACUAUAAAAAUGCAGAUGAAUUCAUAAUUGGACAAUUAGUUCAUCUCUGACCAGUCCCUGUAAUGGUCUGUAAUUCCAGAAAAAUGUAUGAUCACAAAUGAAGACUUAACAAUUCCUAGCAUUAUUCAUCAGUAGUUUGGCUCUUCUGAUGCAAAACGACAUUGUAAUUGGGUUUCUACAAUUUCAGGAUGAAAAUGAAUGUUACGCAUGUUCCACUAUUAUUUGCUGAGAUGUAAGCAUGACAUACUUUUGUAAUAAAGCUUUGAAAUUA